AUGGAGAAGAGCGCAGAGGAUAACACAGCAUACUCUAACGUCCCAGAAAAGCCAACGGCCAAACCUGUUAGUGGAUCUUUCUACUCGAAUCAUGACAGGAACCAUGAGCUAAUGGCCAGCUUGCAGUUCCCCAAACCUCCCUCAAGUGGCAGCACGCAGUCUAGCCGGACUGCAACAGCUCAUCAGGCGUAUCAAGUUGCACAAACGCCGGCAGGUUUCACCGGCUACAACCCACCGUCGUCCGAAGGUCAAGCAAUCUCUCCAGAAACAACACCGCAACAGCAACGGCCGCAACGGCAGGCGGACACAGCUCCACAAGAGCGAUAUACACCGAGAACGUAUGCUCAAGGCUCCAACAGUUCAAAUUCAUCGGGAGUGAUGGAGCAGCAACAAUCAGGAACGAACUCAACAUGGACUUGGGACCCAGCCAACCAAAGAUAUUACCGUUAUGGCCCAGCUGGCGAGGUCAUAUGGAACUAG